AUGCGUUACUCUUACGUUGCAGCUGCCCUCGUUGGGUCUGCUGUUGCCGCGCAGCACAAGGCUCAUGCUGGAUUCCACAUGCGCCGUGGAGCUUAUGCUCCCGAGGAGGUUUGCACGGUCUACACCACCGUCUACGAAACCGCAAUGCCCUCCAUGGCUCCCAACUCCACCAUGCCCGCCGUCCCAACUUCCGUCCAUGCGGAGACCGCCUCCACCUCCUGCACUGAGGAGGGGAAGACUUCCAUGUACACUCCUGUCGUUCCGGCUCCAUCCAGCCCGGUUCCCGUAGUACCCGGAUCUUCCAUGCCCGGCUACCCUGCGGUUCCUGAGUCCAGCAAGCCUGCGAUGCCCGAGUCUUCCAAGCCCGCCUACCCUGAGGUGCCCAUGUCCUCCACACCUGCGUACCCCGCAGUUCCUGAGUCCUCCAAGCCAGCUGUUCCCGCUGUCCCGGAGUCUUCCACCACCUGCACUGAGGAGGAGGGCAUGACCUCUUCCAUGGAGGCCCCCAAGCCCACUAGCCCGGCUCCCGUCCCAGAGCACUCCACCCCAGCUGUCCCCGCUGUCCCGGAGACCUCCACCACCUGCACUGAGGAGGAGGGAAAACCCACUGGCCCUGCCCCGGUCCCAGAGAACUCUAAGCCCGCCUACCCCUCUGUCCCUGAGGUCACUAAGCCCGCUGUCCCUGAGGUUCCCGAGACCACCAAGCCCGCGGUCCCUGAGGUCCCUGCUCCCUCCAAGCCUGCUUACCCCACCGUUCCUGAGGUCUCCAAGCCUGCUGUUCCUGAGGUUCCCGAGGCGUCCAAGCCUGCCUACACCCCUGAGGUCCCUGCUUCCUCCAAGGAGGCUGAGAAGCCCAAGCCCACUCCCAGCGCCACCCACGGCUCUGACAAGCCCAAGCCCACCGGCAGCUACAACAACGGUGAGCACAUCAAGACCAACGGCGACAAGUGGGCCAUUACCUACACUCCCUACGCCAACGACGGUAACUGCAGGACCGCCGACGAGAUUGCUGCCGACAUCAAGAAGAUCUCUGAGCUCGGUUUCACCACCAUUCGCUCAUACAGCACUGACUGCGGUGUCUUCGAGCACGUUGUCCCCGAGUGCACCAAGUACGGACUCAAGGUCAUCUACGGCAUCUUCCUCGAGGCCGGUGGCAAGGCCGGAAAGGGUCCCUUCUCCAGCUACGCCAACGACCAGUUGAACGACAUCAAGGAGAACGCCCCCAAGGACUCUGUCGCCAUGGUCAUUGUUGGAAACGAGUGCGUCUUCAACGGUAACUGCGAGGUCAGCGAGCUUGGUUCCUACCUCGACUACGUCCGUGAUGAGCUCCGUGGCGCCGGCUUCCCCUCUGACAUCGCCAUCACCACCACCGAGACUGUUGGUUCGUGGGAGACGAUUGGUGAUGCUCUCUGCUCCCACAUCGACAUCUUCACCGUCCAGAUCCACCCCUACUUCACCCAGUCCGUCACCGCUGACAUGGCUGGUGACUUCGCUGCUCAGCAACUUGAGCAGGCCGCCAAGGUCUGCCCCGAAGCCGCUGCCAAGGGCAAGUUCAUCACUGAGAUCGGCUGGCCCAGCGCUGGUACCUCCAACGGCAAGGCUGUUGCCGGUGUCCAGGAGCAGAAGACUGCCAUGAAGAAGAUUCUCGAGAGCGUCGGUCCCGAGUCCUGCGUUUUCUCCUUCGCCAACGACGGCUGGAAGGCGCCUGGUGACCUCAACGUUGAGCAGAACUUUGGCUGCGUCGACGCCCUCCUCGACGGACUUAACAUCUCCAUCGAUGUCUCUUUGUAG